UGCUAGCAUAAUAUAAUGAGUUGAAGCUGUGUUGUUUUGAGGGCAAAAAAGUUGUUUAUUUCUUUCUACUGUUUGCUGUCCAUUGCAGCUCUGUGUUUACUUGGAACUAUACAAAGUUGGGAGAAAUGUAGGGACUUUUUUGACGACUUUGUCGUUGCCUCACGAUGGAGGAACCUGCGACAAGAGAGUUGGAGAUGUCCCUGUCAGACGGUACCUCGGACGACGAUAUGCCCUUAACGUUACCCACAGAGGGCAGCCACAGCGGGAGCAUCCGAAAGGGCUGUGAUCCCUUCGCCCAGACUCAGCGCAGUAAACUGCAGCACCGGCGGUCUCGCAUCAACCAGCAGAUCAACAAGGAGAUGCGCAUGAGAGCCGGAGCAGAGAACCUGUUCAGGGCAACAACCAACAACAAGGUGAAGGAGACGGUGGCUCUGGAGCUCAGCUUCGUCAACUCCAACCUGCAGCUGCUCAAAGAGGAGCUGGAGGAGCUCAACAGCAACAUGGAGGUCUACCAGACAGACAGUGAGGCUAUCAACGUUCCCAUGAUCCCACUCGGAUUAAAAGAAACCAAAGAGGUUGAUUUCACAGUUUCUAUCCAGGACUUCAUCUGUGAGCACUACGGAGAGGACAGCUCUCUCUACGACAAGGAGAUCAAAGAGCUUAUGGAGCUCAGACAGGCCAUGCGUACACCCAGUCGUAACCAGGCCGGUCUGGAGCUCCUGAUAGAGUACUACAACCAGCUGUACUACCUGGACCAGCGCUUCUUUCCUUUGCACAAGAACCUGGGCGUGCACUUCCACUGGUACGAUUCUCUGACAGGCGUGCCGUCGUGCCAGCGUACUUUGGCGUUUGAAAAAGGAAGUGUGCUGUUCAACAUCGGUGCCCUGUACACACAGAUCGGAGCACGGCAGGACCGCUCUGCAACAGCUGGCAUAGACCGAGCUGUAGAUGCCUUUCAGAGAGCUGCAGGUGCAUUUAAUUACCUCAAAGAGAAUUUCUCCAACGCUCCCAGUCUGGACAUGAGCGGUCCGUCGCUCUGCAUGCUGGUACGUCUGAUGGUUGCCCAGGUGCAGGAGUGUGUGUUUGAGCGCGUCACACUCACCACUCAGGACACUCACUUCACUUCCCAACUCCACCUGGCACAAGAGGCUGCGCGGGUGUCAGACGUCUACUUGUUAGUGCAGCAGACCAUGACGCAGCCUCUGAUGAAAGACUACGUGCCGUUUUCUUGGGCGUCAAUGGUUCAGGUCAAAUCUGAGCACUUCCGCGCCCUCUCGCACUACUACGCCGCUGUUGCACUCUGCGAUCACACGUUGUCGGCUGAGGAGAACGAGGGGGAUGAGGAAGCAGAGAAGGCUUUCCUCCAGUUCUAUGUGAACGUUCCUGCAGGACCACCACUCAGCCAGGUUUUACAAGACCCUGAAAAAAGAAGAAAGCUUGGUAAAGCUCACCUGCGGCGUGCAGUAAUCAGACAUGAGGAGGCCAUGCGUGUCCACAGUCUGUGUAAGAUCCUGAGGAAGAUGGACAUCCUGCAGGACGUUCUGUCUCUCACACACAAACGCUCUUUGGACAAGUACUCGGAGCUAGACAGAGAGGACGACUUUGAUGAAACAGCAGAGGCUCCAGAGAUCCAGUCUCAAACCCACCAGAAACCAGAAAUCACCCCAACCAACUUCUCUACAGUCCAAGUUACUGACAUCUUCCAAAGACUGGGGCCUCUGUCAGUGUUUUGUGCACGGGCUCGCUGGGGUCCGGUCCGUGUGAUCUGCCUGCAGAGGAGAGAGGGUGGACUGGGUCUCACGCUCAGAGGAGACUCCCCCGUCCUGGUGGCUGGAGUGGUGCCUGGAGGCUGUGCAGCGGAGGCCGGACUAAGGGAAGGAGACUACAUAGUAGCCGUGGACGGUGAGGACUGUAAAUGGGCCAAACAUGGCGAGGUGGUGCACAUGCUAAAGAGCUGUAGCGACAGAGGAGUGGAGCUCAGUGUGGUCACAUUACACUCACACGAUACACAGGUGGAGAGGAAGGCCAUCGCACUGUCCCACGGCAGCGAUAAGGAAAACACUCGGCAACGUCUGCUGGGAGGACCCAAGGGCCAGAGCUCCGCCUCCUUGUUGAACUGGAACAGGAAGAAGAAGCGGGAAGGAGGCGGGGGCACUAAGAGACUAGGAAGCACUUUCAGUUUGUCGUUUGGAAGCAUCCGAGACACUGAGGCCAUGUACUGAGACAUGACUGCAGGGGAACCACUCAGGGAAUCUCAGCAGUGGAGCACAUGGUACGAUCAGGACGGCAUCAGAGCCUGACAGGCAGGGGUGCUGCUGCAGAAAGCACAAGGUUAGUCCAGUAAAGUUGUUCCUGGCUUCUCUUUUGCUCCAACACAGUCCAGGAGAGUUGAACAAUCCUGCCUGUGGGGAGUUUGCUGUACUCCUCUGUGCUGUGGAGUCUAAAGGUGCGUUGAGACAGAACACAAGGAACAUUUUAGAUGCAGGAUGCUAUAAAAUCACGUAGGACUUGGUCUGUGUGGUUUACAGACGGCCAUGCUGUUGCUCCUGCUCUGGGCUAAAACAUUUUUUUAAAGUGCAGUGAUUUGGCGGACAAAAUAUUAACUUCAUUUAACUUUUUUCGGCAAACAAAGUCAUUCCCAACAACUAGGGAUGAAUAGUAAGUCGAGGGUCAAGGAUUCACACUAUCUUUCAGUCUUAACGACGCUCGCGUGCUUUGUGAACAUUGAGAUCUGACAAGAAAACUAAUAUAUUUUUCUGCUUUUGUUCUAACCCAGAUUCAGACUAACAAUCUUAAUGCAGUGUUUUUGGAGAUAACCCUAAUCUAUUGGGUUUACCAAAAACGAGUGCGCCUUUAUUGACUAAGGUUAACACACACUGGUUGUCGUAUGAAUCAAACACAACUAUUUGCUUCGAUUUUUGAAAAUAGGCAAUUCUAAGACGACACCCCAGCAAUAUCGGAUAUAGAAAAGCAGACAUUUCAUCACCUCCGCUUCCUUGAUCGGCACAUCCCGGCUAAUGUAAUUGCGCAGAGGGCAAAAUCUUUAGUGAAAAUUAAGGAAAACAUUACUGAAAGCUCCUUAACACAGAACGUAUGUAUUGUAACAUUAAUGUCACGGAUGUAAAAAGAAUUUAGAGGGAGAAUUAAAAAUCAAGUACAUUAUUUCUUGUGUCUCAUAUUAUCCUUAAGUGGUCUCCGAUGUUAGUGACCCGUUUCACCACUGAAGUGCUCUCAGUUCAUCCACUGAUGCUUUACUUUGUACUUUACUUAGAACAAAAUAAAUGUUUGUUGUUUUUAGUUUUGUCAUUUUUAGAUGAUUAAAAGCACUUCAGAUCAAAUGUUUUGUAGCUUUUGUUAUUUUUUAAUGCACUGUGAAUAUUGAAAAGGACACAUCUGUUGUUCAUAAUGUCGUUCUGAUGAUUGAACGUGAAACACUCACACGGAGAGGUUGUGUGUAUUUGAAAUGAAAUGUGAUACCGAGAGUUCCUGCAGGAAAACCACGACGUGGCGUCCAGUGUGAGUUUAGUGUCGUUAAUGUUUUCAGCCGCUGUCCUCUGUUACAGUCCGCCAAUAUGAGGAACAAUAGAUGUUAGUGGAAAAAAAUAGUCUAUUUUAAUUAACAUUGUUUGAACAUUUUGUAAGAUUGUGAUGUAACUACAGAUGUGAGAAUUGUAGCACAUUACUGAUUUGAUCCAGCUAAAAAAUAAUGCUGUUUGUAUUUUUGCCAUGGCCUGUGUGUUUUUGCUUUUUUCUGUACAAUGUUGUGCCAUGAAGGUCCAUAGUGUUCAGACACACACACACACACACACACACACACACACACCCCCCACACACACACACACACACCAUUGUUCUGUUAUGCAUUUUGUUUUCUUGGAAAAAGUUUAGCAAUUACAAAAAAAAGCAGUGUUGACAAAAUAAGCCAAGAUUGCAAAAAAUAGUAGGAUCUUUUUUUAUUCUCAUAAUCAGGAAUUUCUGAUUCAAGGAAACAAGUUUGUCAUGCUGUGAUCAAAGUGUCUACAAUGUUUCCUCUUCAGCUCUCUGUGCUCCGUCUGUAUGAGUGAGUAAAUGUUUGUCGAGACUGUUGUGAACAGGAAUAUUUCUUUCCUUCCGUCUGUGUUUCUGACUGAUUAUCUGAUCAUCCCUUAUUGAUUGCAUUUGGGGAUUUGCACAGUAUUUUUUUUUCAUGUAUAAAUACAAUAAAAGUGAAUGAAUGACUCUGUUGUAUAAUGUUUGAAUUUACGUAACAUGUUGAGCUCACGCCGCUCUACUGAGCUUGAUUCAUCUUUCCUUGAAAAGUGAAUCAAACAAUUAAAUCGAAUAUCAAAAA